AUGGGUGGUUCAGACGAGUUGCCCGAUGCAGAAAUUACGCUGUGUAUUCGCUCAGGUGGCAGUUGGAGCCCAUGCGCUCCAUCAGCAGUAGUGUGGCUGCGAAUGGCCUCGCCAAACAACAUUUAUGGUCUGGGCAGCUUACGUCAAGUUUGGGAUGGUUGGGGCCUAGAGCAAGAUCAACAGUGUACAUGGGAACUCCAAACGCGAGGGCGGAACAUGCACCUGAAUGGGCUGAACAAAAGAGAGAAGAUCGAACAUCGCUUUUAUGAAAAAGUAUGUACGGCGUCCAUCCCCUAUAUCACGAAAGUGGCCAACAUGAUCAGAUCUCUCGCGUUCAUUGAGGAUAUUAGUGCAAGAGAGAGUGGGUCUUUGCCUCCAUGUACCAUCGAACACGAUCGGGUGGCAGUCCGUCUCGAUUCUCGUGGAGUAAAGCUCUCCUUCAAGCGAACCAUUCCUAGACAGAAACGCGCCACCAGCCCCAAUAGUAUCGUCGAGGCUGAUGUAAGUGAUAACUCAAUCAGUGAAAUGGCUUCGGUAUCGGUAACCGAAGAGUACAUCAACGAGAUACUUUACGACCUGACAGAGAGUGGGAAC